AUGUCAUAUCCCGGCAGACGGAGGGUUUACUUGCUGCUUCUGUUCAUCAUCUUUUCAGUGCUACAAAUAUGGAUUCUUAGCAGUGACCAUUGCAGUAUAAGAUCAACAACACCACCGCCGCCGCCACCACCACCACCACCACCAAGUUCAGAUGCAGUUAAAAGAUCAGAGCUUCACAGAAAGUUCUUCAAUGGCAGAUUUCCUCAUCUCUCCACAGACAAAAACUUUCAAGAAAACAAAAGAGUUGUACCAAGUUGCCCAGAUCCUCUUCACAAUUAA